AUGUUCCGCCGAACGCAUCUUGAGCAGCACCGUAGUGGGAAGGCCCGUGCCUUUGUUUUCCGCGAUCCGACGCUAAAGAUGAUGCGGGCGGGCAGCGGCUAUCAGCAGCUGCGGCGCAUGGGCAUGCCGAUUCAGGUAGGGACAGGGUGGCGUAAGGUGGACCACUUUUACGCAAAUAAUCAGUACCAACACGCCUGGCCGCUCCUGUCGCAUGAUGAUCUAGGAAACAGCGAUCAGUCCAAUAACACAAAAAACAUCAUGUACUCAAUGUACAUGCCGAAGCGUAAUAAGGGCACAGCACCGUGGUUUCGUGGCGCCGACACGUAUAGUGUAAAGUACUGUGAACAGGGUCGUUACGAGUAUCAACGAUAUUUGAUGAUUAAUCGCUUUCCAAGCGAGUACAAGAAACAUUUUUUGAAUUUCCUCUCCAACAUCCGUUCCAGCUCGGGUCCAGCAAGCAUUCCUCAAGAGGCGCUUCAUUGGCUGCUUCGCAUGAUUGUGGACAAUUUUAAUCCCCAACACGUACAUUACAUUGCUGCGAUGAAGACGCUUCAAGAUAGUGGGGAAUUGGAUAUGGCAAGGGAUGUAUGGAAAAUUAUGGAACGACAACAAACAUGGCCGUGCACCUCCACUAUAUGCGCCUACCUUGACGUCUGUGUACAGGCUGGAGAAAAAACGUGGGCCAUGGAAGCGUGGAACCGAUACUGUACAGAGUUAAAAUUUCUGCAACCAGGAGAAGUGGAUCCGAAGCCCGUGUCACGUGUCCCGUUUUCACUUACACGUGAGGAAUUGUUGUAUCUACCAAAGUGGAAGAAACAUUUUGAUCACGAUCCUAACCUUGAUGUGGUGGACCUCAACCGUUUUAAUCGAACACGAGAGGUAUACCUACGUAUGGCGCAAGUCAUGUUGGCAGGAGGGGAACGUGACGCCUUUCAGCAUUUUUACACAAAAUUAGAGAAGGCCAUGUUGUCCACGCCUACACCAGUGCCCGAGCCACCGAAUCCACACCUUGUUCGACGACCACGGUGGUCACCCUACGAACACUCUAAGUCCAUUCACCAUUCCCCAUGGCGUGUGGAGAAUAAUGGGCGUGCCAUGGCGCUUGGUCCCACGGUUACAACCGAAGACGAAAUGCAGAGUCGUUUCUUUUCCAAUGAUCAAUUUUUGGUGCAUAUGGUAAAGGAAGUGCUUCGUGUUGUGCUGCAGGAGCAUCGACGCCGUCACGUUGAAGUGUGUGUACGUGGUGAGAGUGAAUCCUUCUUUGAAAAGGUGGAAGAUGCUGGGGACGACGCUUCAGUUUUGUGA